CCAAUGUUUGACGAUGAUAUCUCCUCCGAGAAGGCAGUUCCCCGCGUGGAGCAUGUCGAUCGAUUCGGUGCUCACGAGAAGACCGACCCGAAGGAAAUCGCCCUUGUCAAGAAGCUCGACCGCUGGAUCAUGCCCAUGCUCUGGUCGAUGUACUGGCUCAACUACCUUGAUCGAAACGCGAUCGCACUCGCCCGUAUCAACUCACUCGAGGAAGACCUGAACCUCACGGACACGCAAUACCAGACCUGCGUGUCCAUCCUCUUCGUCGGUUACAUUCUUGGCCAAAUCCCCUCCAACAUGUUCCUCACCAGAACUCGCCCUUCUCGGUACAUGGGAGUUUGCAUGGCUCUCUGGGCUGUUGUCAGCGCUCUUACUGCUCUUUCGAAGGACUACGUUGGUCUUUUGCUCACCCGCUUCUUCCUCGGUCUCACUGAGGCGCCUUACUACCCCGGUGCUGUCUACAUCCUCUCCAUCUUCUACAACCGCAAGGAGGUCGCAACACGCAUUGCCAUUCUUUACACGGGCAAUGUCCUAGCGACUGCUUUCGCUGGUCUCAUUGCUGCUGGUGUGUUCCAUGGCAUGGACGGCAGUCUCGGUCUUGCUGGCUGGCAGUGGCUCUUCAUCCUCCAGGGAGCUGUUACCUUUGUUAUUGCCAUUGCAGGAUACUUCCUCCUCCCGGAUUUUCCACACAACACCAAGUGGCUGACCCAGGAAGAGCGCGACUUAGCUUCCAAUCGCAUGGAGUUAGACGCCACAGAAAAUGCCGGACAGACGUCUGUUAUGGAAGGACUGAAGCAGGCGGCCAAGGAUCCCGUGGUUUGGCUCUUCUGCCUCAUGGCCCACCUGCAUCUGGCGGCCAACGGCUUCAAGAACUUCUUCCCCUCUGUUGUCAAGACUCUCGGCAUGAAUGAGACGAUGACGCUGGUCAUGACCUGCCCUCCGUACCUCAUUGCCGGCGCCGUCACCAUUGCGGUGUCCUGGAGCUCGGGCAAGUUCAACGAGCGCACUUGGCACAUCACAAUCUCCAAGAUCAUCGCCACGGUUGGCUUCGCUGCCUCGGCGGCAACCCUCAACUUUGCCGGCCGCUAUGUCUCCAUGGUCAUCUUCACCAUUGGAACUUACGGCGUCAACUCCCUCAUCCUCGGCUGGUGCGGCAGCGUCUGCGGCCAGACCAAGGAGAAGAAGGCAGCCGCCAUCAGCAUGGUCACGACCAUCAUGAACAUCAGCUUCAUCUGGACCCCGUACCUCUGGACCAAGGCCUCCGAGCCGCGCUACGUGCCUGCCAUGUCCGCCUCGUGCGCUUUCAGUCUCGGCACCGCUGCCGUGGCCUGGAUCGUCAAGGUCAUCAUGAAGAAGCGCAACGCCAAGCUCCGAGCCAGCGAGGACGAGCAGCUCAACUUCUACGUCUACUAAAGGGCCGGUGAUUGGACUACGAAAUCCGAAAGGCAAUCGACGAUGGGAAGGAGAUGAGAGACAACUUGAGAGAAGUGGCAAAGAACACAGAACAUGUCGCCUAGAUUCAGAAUGAUUUGUCGUACUUGGAAUUGUUUUCCUUGUCCCUCUUCGGUUCACUCGCAUUCUGUAGCUAGAGGAAUAGAGUUCUUCG